CAGCUGCCACGUUCAAAAAUAGAAAGUUGCUGCCAAAGAUGAAAGAGACCGCCGCCAUUGCCACAGAAUGAGCGAAUCGGAACCCAAUAGCCUGGAGUUCAUUGAGGACUCCUACCUGCCAGGCAUCGAUGAUCUCACCAGCACACCUUCCCUGGAUCCGGAAGCCACCGAUGCCGUCUUGGAUUGGUACGCAGAUGGCCAGGAGGAGGAGAGUGAGGCCGAGCUCUAUCUGCGUAAUUUGACUCUCGAUCAGAUCUUCUACGAUGUGGACUCGGACUAUACGAACAGCCUGGAACUGCAGGCCGUGGAGGCGGAGUUCAUUGGCGCCAAGUUGGCCAACCAGGCACCCUCCUCCUCGAUGGCCAAGCGCUUCCGGCUAAAGUUCUUUGCCAAGCGAAGCAUGCGCGACGUUAAGGUCACGUUCAUAGACUUCUCCAAGCCGUAUCUGGCCAAAAUAUCGAACAGUGAUAACUACAAGAGAUUUCUCAAUAUUGGGCAAAGAAGUAGAGAUAAUACAGCCAACCUGUCGGAGCCAGCAUCUCCAGCAGCUUCUGUGGCAUCCGCAGAAAUUGCCGCCGAGUUCGCUGCGCUUUCCGUGGAGGAGAAGGAGCAGCGUCGUGCUGAAUGGAGUCAGGAGCUCGCCCGCGUUGAGGAGGAGAUUAACACGCUGCGCACCGUUCUCGCCUCGAAGACGCGCCAUGCCUCCGAUCUCAAGCGCAAGCUGGGCAUCACCGUCUGGAAGGAGGUGACGGACGACAUGAACCAGGGCAUCAAGAACCUCAAGGAAACCACUGUUUACCAAUCGGUGGAGCAGAGCGUGGGCACGUUUACUAAAGCCGUGCACGAGGCACCCCUAUACCAACGCACGGAGUCUGUGCUCAAGUCCACGGGCGAGAAGACCGCCUCGGUGUUUGGCAGCAUCACCAGUGGCAUUUCGUCGAAACUGUCGCAAAUGAAAAACUCCGAGUCGAUGCGUUCUAUCGAGGCUUCGGUGGGCUCUGCCUACGAGAACGUUAAAGUAAGCUAUGAACACAACAAUUUUAUGUGCCAAUCUCAUGCGACCAAGGUGACAUCCCGUUCGGGCUCGGUAUCCAGUUUUCCAGACGCCUUGGACGAGAACAACACAUCCUCGGGCCUGAACUCACCCACAGACUCACUUACUAAAUAGAUUUCGGGACGAAUCCGAAGCUAAGCGCGUCGAUAAAGUGGAGAGAUCUAUACUACACACAAAAAACAGACCCACGCACCCACUCUAAUAACUUAUUAAACUAAUGCGAAUUGUCGUGUCUGCGCACUAACAA